AGGGAGUCCGCGUUGUGUCUUUUCCCGCAGAUGGUGUCAGCUUGACUCGAUUCGCGUGAUGAGCGAAUAAGGACGAGGAUGGUGCUGAGUAGCUCCUUCGCUCGACACACCCGCUUCCUGGCCCGAACUGUCCUCGUGAGGAACGGGGAGGUCGAUGAGGCAUGCCGCGUCCUCAAUCGGAUAUUAGGAUCAGAAGGACUCUUUGACCAAUAUCGGCGGACACGACGAUACGAGAAACCAUCACAGUUCCGCCGCCGCAUCAACUACGAGCGGGCCAAGGCAAUUUACGACGAGGACAUGACCAGGAAGAUCCAAUUCCUCAUGAGGAAGAAUAGGGAAGAUCCGUAUCCUGGUUGUGGGUGAUCUUUUCGUUUCAAAGUGACGGGUGGAACUGUAGUCGGUGUCUCUCGUUUCGUCUUCAUGGUAAAUGAAGUGGCGUCUCUUUGAAACCAUGCAAGUUUGUUUGGUUGAAUAAAGAAGAUCGACGCCCAAUCGAUUCAUAGUGUACCGAGUCGUGCAU